AGGGGGCCAGGAAGUGGGCCCGGCCCUUCUUUUCCGAGGCCCGCGUGCGCCCUUCGACGUUCCGCUGACCCCGAGUGCCCCGAGCCCUUCGGUUCCGGGCGCGUCGUCCUCCACAUCCGAGGGCCGCGCCCUGGGCUGGUGUUGGCCUGAUUCCGCCGGGUGUUGGAACCUCGUGCUCCCUGAUCGUAGGGUUGUCUGCGAUUGGAAGCGUUUCCAUGGCUUCCCGCUGGCCGGCCCAGCGGGUGGGGUGUUCCCUUUGCGCCAGGAUCGAGUCCAACCAAGCAUUUACAGCCGCUUCAGGCUGCCUGUGCAAAUAAAACGGGCCGGCUGUGCACCGAGCUCCCGGGCUUUGGGAUCACCUGCAAGGAGUUACCUCCCUGUCACCCGGACCGCUAUGGCCGCUCACCUGGUGAGACGAUGCUCAUGGCUCCUGAGAGCGGCCACUCGGUUGGCCCCUGCCAUGGCUCCGGCUGGCCGGCCAGGGCUGGCCAGGGCGGCCCAUAGGACUCUGGCUUCUUCUGCCCCCUCUCCCAGUUCCCACUCGUCAGGUUCCUGGUCAGAGCUUCUGGAGAAGGAAGUGUUUACUCCCUUCGCAGAGAACCAGGAGGUGGACCAGCUCAUCGAGAAGGCCACCGGGCCAGAGGAGCUCCUGAGGCUGCUUGGGAGUGGUCACUGCCUGCACCAGAACCAUGCGGCCCUCGUGCUCAUCCGACUCUGCCGCCUGCUGUCUGAGAAGCCCGAGCACAAAGCCACGCUCACACAGGACGCCCGCCUUCAGCAGCUUCUCUAUCUGAUCAACAGUCAGAUAUCCACAGUCUGGAACGGGACCCUCGUGAAGCUGCUCCGGAGCCUCUAUGUGUUGUCGCUGCCCACAGCCUCCAGAACACUGCGGUCGGCAGAGCAGGAGGUCCGCUGGCGCCUCCGCAGGCUCAAGUACAAGCAGCUGGCCUUCCUGGUGGAAUCUAGCGCCACCUACAUGCAGGAGCAGGGCUCCCAGGAGCUGCUGGCAGAGCUGCUGGUGCACCUGGAGCGGCGCUGGGCGGAGAUCGAAGAUGGGCGCACAGUGGUGGCCAUGAUGAUGAAGGCAGGCCACCUCUCGGAGUCACUUAUGAACCGCCUGGAGGACAAGUGCCUGGAGCUGGUGGAGCAGUUUGGCCCUGAUGAACUGCGGAAGGUGUUGGUGACACUGGCAGCUCAGAACCGACGGUCGGUGCCCGUGCUACGGGCCAUCUCAUACCACUUGGUCCAGAAGCCCUUCCUCCUGACGAAAAGCAUCCUUCUGGACCUGGCCUAUGCCUACGGUAAACUUGGCUUUCACCAGACCCAGGUGUUCCAGCGCCUGGCUGCCGACCUGCUCCCGUACACGCCCAGCCUGACAUCCAGCGAGGUGGCCCGCUGCACCAAGUCCUUUGCCUUCCUCAAGUGGCUCAACCUGCCCUUGUUUGAGGCUUUUACUCAGCAUGUCCUGAGCCGAGCCCAGAGUAUCACUGUGCCACACCUGUGCAACAUGCUUCUGGCUUUUGCCCGUGUGAACUUCCGUCCAGGACAAGACCAGUUCUUCAGUCUGGUGCACGAGAAGCUGGGGGUGGAGCUGGAGGGCCUGGACCUGGCGCUGCAGGUGGAUGUCGUGUGGGCUCUGUGCGUCCUGCAGCAGGUGCGGGACGUGGAGCUGCAUGCCGUGCUCCGCCCUGAGUUUCAAGCCCAGUUUCUCGGCAGUGGGUCACCAAAAGACCAGAGCACUUUCCAGAAGCUGGUCCAUAUCAGCGCCACUGCCCAGCUGGAACACCCGGAGUACACAGGCCCCCUUUUGCCAGCCUCUGCCCUGGUGCCCCUGCUCCCGGCCCUGGACGGGAAGGUGACCCCCCUGCAGAAGGAUCUGCAGGGGGCACUGAGGGGGUUGCUGGGGACCGCCGACAGGGGCAGCUUCACGGUGGCCACGCAGUAUGGCUGGGUUCUGGGUGAGGGCCAGUGUUACCCUUGCCCCUUCCACAGAAAGGGCUCUCCUCUCUCCCUGACAGUCCUGACGCGUCUGUCCUGCCCCUCUCCAGACGCUGAGGUGCUGCUGGAUGCCGAUGGCCAGUUCCUGCCCGUGAGGGACUUCAUGGCUCCUCACCUGGUCCUGCCCUGCGGGAGCCAGCCUCUACCCACAGGAGCCAAGCGGCUGGCCUUCCUGCGCUGGGAGUUCCCCAACUUCAACAGCCGCAGCAAAGACCUGCUGGGGCGCUUCAUGCUGGCCCGGCGCCACCUGCUGGCCGCUGGCUUCCUGCUCGUGGAUGUGCCCUACUAUGAGUGGCUGGAACUCAAGUCUGAAUGGCAGAAAGGUGCCUACCUCAAGGACAAAAUGCGGAAAGCAGUGGCGGAGCAGCUGGCCAAGUGACCUCUCCCAGUACAUGGCUGGGCCCCCAAGGCCUGCGUGGGCACCAGGCAGGCAGGAGGUGGCCCUGGACAGGCCUUGGAGGCAGGAGGCAGGAGCUGCCCGCCUCUUCAGGUAGCAGGCCACCCUCUCAGGGGUAAUAAAUUUUGCUGUUUGGUGUCCAGCA